AUGUCGUCUGGAAGCUUUGCUAGUCUUUCAAGUUCUGAAGAUGAUGAUAUUCCUCAUAGUAAAAUCAUUAAUACCAGUACUUCCAGUUUCCAUCUCCAAAUGGAGAACUCAGACUCGGGGUCGGAUGACGGUUCGAAAACAGUGGAUAUAGGUACAUCUAUACAAGAAAAGGGUCCUUCUGAAAGUCCUCUCCGAAAGAAGCAAAGGAAUGCUGUGUUGGCGCCUCUAGAUUUGUCAGCCCCUUCAGAACAGUUUAUGCCUGGAGCAUGCGGUGGACCAGCAGAUAUGGACACACCAAUUUCGAUUCGACGAAGAUUAACUUCAACACCUAACGCCUUUCACACCAGCGCUGCACACAAUAAUGUCAACAUUGAGUCAGUUAAUGAGCUAAUGAAGAGAAUGAUGGAUGCUCAAACUGAGAUUUUGAUGAAGACAUUGACAGAUCAAGGGGAAAAAAUUGAAGAAUUACAUCACUUGUUACAGAGGAUAGAUUUACAUGCAGGAGCUCAGAAAAAAGGAAAAAUAAGAGCUGUCCAUGUUCCUGCUCAUAUUAAGCAAGCUGUUCGUGAUGCUUACAGGCAUAGCACUGCAGAAAAAAAUUUAAUCUGGACAUGUAAAACAGCAGCUGGUUCUAUUUUGAAGUAUUCUGCAGAGGUAAAUAAAGAGAUGUCUGAGGCUAUAUGUCUUUAUGUCAAAGGACAAUUUUCAACAACAGAAGAAGGUGUUAUUAAGACUGGUAUUGAGACAUAUUUCAAUACCAUAAAACAAAGGAGACAAAUGGAGGAGGAUGGAAAAAAGGCCUCACACAACAGAAAAAUGGUUUUGUAUGGGAGAAAGAACAGGAAGCUUCAAAAUAGAGUUAAGGCCCUUCAAGCAAAGAAACUACCAGUGCCUGAAGAGGAAAAACUAAUGAAGGCCAUAAAAAUUGAUUUCAUGUCGAGUGAGGACAGUGAUUCUGAAGAUGAAACGCGCCUUAUUACAAGACCUCUGCCAUGGCUGUCGAAAGAUUUUAAAUCUUACAUGGAUAAACUUGACAGUAAAUACCAGAGACAGCUCAAUGCACAAGGCAAAAAGUUGAGAUCUAAGAGAGUUGUUGGCAGGCCAUCAGAGAGGCCUUGUCCCAAUAAAUCCCAAGACCUGUCAUGGGUUUUUGCUUAAGGGCAUAACCUACAUAUUUUUUUGAUUAUUUUUCUUUUGUUUUUUCUGUUUAAUUAAAUGCUGAAUGAUAAUUUGAGUGUCUCUGGUAUUUGCUGUCUUAGAUUUUCCAUCUAAGAUUUCACCACAUUAUUUAUAUAUUUUGGUCAAUGGGAGAUAACUUUGUAUAUUUAACAGUUUACCAAUUGUUAUCUCUUUUUAACAUGUUUGAAAAUUAAUGAACAAUUAAUCUUAAAAGAAAUAUUAUUUUCACUCAAUUGUCCAAGUACAUUUAAUAUUUGAUAGUCAUGUGCAUGAAAUUUCAUAAUUUAGUUGAUAAAAAAUAUUUGUGUGCUAUUUAAUUCAAUUAUACAUAUCAUAAAAUGUCUUUUUUUACUUUUAUCAUAUGUAUUCAUUUGGGGUGAGAUCCUAUAAAAUUUAAAUUAAUAUCUGAGCAGCACAUUGGUUUGAAAUUAGCAGCUAUGUUAUGUUUGCUGUUUUAUUUUUUGCUAUUUGAUGUGUUUGGUUUAUUUUUAGAUUGAAAAUAUUGCAAGCAAGGGAGGUUAUUCAUAAAUAUUCUUAUGAUACCAAACUUUGAAAAUGCUUAUGUUUGCUGUUUGUUAUAACCCUUUUGCAAUGAUUUUUAAACAAGUAAUCAUGUUAAUUUGCCAUAUACCCAGGGUUUCAGUUGGCGGUCGCCAUUUUCGCAAUUUGCGAAAAAAUAAUAAUUGUGGCGAUAAAAAUUCGUCAUUUGCGAAAGAAUUUGGCGAAAGAAAAAUAUAGAACGAUUUAUUUUCCCCCAUCUUGUUUAUUUACUUUUUUUCGAGUUUCUCGGACUUUACCCGAUCAUACAAUAUUCGGAAUUCUCCUUGACCUCAUUAAGAUUUGGACAGAAAAUCAAUAAUCAGCUGAUUGCAUUUUAUAGCUAUCGACAACAAAGGACUAAUUAAUAAAUGUGUCGAUUAAAUUGUUUUGACAAAAUGAUAUGGUUAAAUGGCUUCCGUUAAAUGUCACAUACAGAAUUUAUUUACCACUUAGAUGCACGUGUUUGAGGCAAAUUCUCGACGUCUCCUAGUUUAAAAAAGAAAGCUGUUGUUGUGACGAAAAAUGUUCAAAAGCAAGAAAAAUCUCCGAUUUAAAACUUUACUUAUCCUUAGUCUUUAAUAUAGGUAAUUGAUUAGGGAGACUUCUUGAAAUUCGUUUAAGUGACGCACGUUUUUCAAGCAUAGUUUUACGUCUCAACUUUUUCAUUUACGAUGGUCAAGAAAAGAAAACUGUCGUUAUGAAGAAAUCCAUUCAAAAGGUUGGGAACAACCCCUCUAAUGAGAGUAACCCUUCAAUGUUAUGACUACACAUGAAAUGAGGGAUCAAUUUCAUGUCAUAAAAGCUGUUCUUUUGUUGUAAUAACAACUUCUUAGUUCAAAAGAGCACAUCAUUAUUUUUAAGGGGGGGGGGGGGGUAGAGAAAGGUAGAUUUUAAAUGAUAAAUAUAGUUAUGUUACUUGGCGAAAAAAAUAUUAAAGUGGCGAAAAAUAUAUUGUUUUGGCGAAAGAGGUGGCGAAAAAAAUAAUUGACCCAGGGGAAACCCUGCAUAUACCAUUAUUUUGUUGACUAGUUUGAAUUUGAUGUAUAUCUUUACUUAUUUCAAAAAAGUGUUUUUUGUAUAUGUUUACAUAGUAAAAUUAUAGUUAUUGAUAUUACGAAAAUUUUGACAGUUGGAUGUUUUUUCUUGGAUAUUAAUGACAUUUGCCUUGUUACAAAACCUCUGACUAGGCUGUCGAAAGAUUCUAAAUCUUGCAUGGAUAAACUUGGCAGUAAAUACCAGGGACAGCUAAAUGCACAGUGCAAAAAGUUGAGGUCUAAGAAAGCCUUGUCUAAAUAAAUCUCCAGAACUUGCAUUUAAUUGAGUUUGCUUAAGGGCAUAUGACAAAAAAAUAAUCCUUCAAUUUUGAAUAGGGCCAAAUAAAAAGUACACUUUUGGAAUUAGCAAAGAAGAAAAUGACUUCAUGAUUUACUUUUGAAUUAUAGUUUAUAAAGAUUACCAGUAGAUCAGCCUAAGGAAAACCUUUGAAAAUAAGUCAGACAGAAUAUUUUGAUUUCUUGAACUUAACUUGAAGAUUUUUUUAACUAUACAAGAUAAAUAAUUGCUUUCUGAUUUCAACAUUUGAUUUUUACUAUAAAAAUCAUUUACAGGUGCAACAUAUAUUUGUCAUUAGAUAAUGUUAUUGUGUUUGUUUGACCUACAUAUUUUUUAUGCCUUAUUUAUGGUCAAUAUGUUUUUCUUGUCUUGGCAUCAGUCUGUCCCUUUGUUUGUUCUGUUUGUCCUGUUUCAGGUAAAAGUUUUUGGUCAAGGUAGUUUUCAAUGAAGUUGGAAGUUCAAUGAGCUUGAAACUUAGUACACAUGUUCCCUGUGAUCUAUGAUAUAAUCUUUCUAAUUUUAAUGCUACAUGAGAGAAUUUCACCAAUUUUCAGUCCACUGAACAUAGAAAAUGAUAGUAUGAAGAAGGCAUCCAUGUACUGGGGACACAUUCUUGUAUUAAUUAAAAAAAAAAUGUCUUUUUUAAUUGAUUAAAAGCUGAAUAAUAAUUUGGGUGCGGUUCAUUUAAGUGUCUUGUAUUUGCUGUCUUAGAUUUUUCAUCUAAGAUUUCACCACAUUAUUUAUAUAUAUUUGGUCAAUGGGAGAUAACUUUGUGUAUUUAACAGUUUACAAAAAUGU